UUGCGCCGCUCCCGCGCGGCCGGCAGGUGGCGCGCCAGUCCAAGGUGGCGCGAGCGGCGCGCCGGCGCGCCCGGGGCCUCGGGGCGCCGCGCACCGACUUGGGCCUAACGACUCCGCGCUCGUCAUUAUUUGUAACCAUAGAGCAUGAAUUACCUCUUGAGGUCAUCAGUGAGAAUUUACGACUGGUCAACAAAAGCACGUGAUUCCCAAACGCACCCCCACCCUCCCCCCAUAUUUGGCCGCAUACAUAGCAAAAACGAAGUACAGUGCAUUGCUAUAAUUCAUUAAUACAUCAUAAAUCGUCAAGCACAGGGUUAUAACGACCACGAGCCACAAAUCAAGCCCUCCAAAAUAACCCAAAUGAGCUCUUACUUUGUAAACUCGUUCUCAGGGCGCUACCCAAAUGGCCCCGACUAUCAGUUACUAAAUUAUGGGACCAGCAGUUCCAUGAACGGUUCUUACAGAGAUUCAAGCACCAUGCAUUCCAGCUCUUAUGGCUACAACUACAAUGGGAUGGACCUUAGCAUCAACCGCUCAGCCUCCUCUAGUCACUUUGGGGCUGUGGGGGAGAGCUCCCGCGGUUUCCCUUCUCCAGCUCAGGAGAGCAGGUUUAGACAGGCGUCUAGCUGCUCCUUAUCUUCUCCCGACUCCCUUCCCUGCUCCAACAGCGAGAGCCAUGGAGGCAAGCCCGCCCCGUCCCCCUCCGACCAAGCUACUUCUGCCAGCACCAACACAAAUUUCACAGAACUAGACGAGACCAGCGCGUCCUCGGGAGCCGACGAGGGCACUCCAAUAAGCAGCAGCAUCCCCCGAGCGCAGGCAGAGCCCAUCGCAACCUCCACGGCAGCAACAGAAGGGCAGGCACCUCAGAUAUUCCCUUGGAUGAGGAAACUUCACAUUAGCCAUGACAUGACUGGACCAGACGGGAAGAGGGCGAGGACAGCGUACACUCGCUACCAGACCCUGGAGUUGGAAAAGGAAUUCCACUUCAAUAGAUAUCUCACCCGCAGGAGGAGAAUAGAGAUCGCUCACGCUCUGUGCCUCUCCGAGAGGCAGAUCAAAAUCUGGUUCCAGAACAGGAGGAUGAAAUGGAAGAAGGAUAAUAAACUGAAAAGCAUGAGCUUAGCCUCUGCGGGCAGCGCCUUUCAGCCAUAAAAGAUAGCGGAGGAAUAUCGAGGAAAGAAGAGGAAACACUAAAUAAAUACGUAAAUAAAUAAAUAAAGCGCAGCAGACCUUA